UGCUGCUGUAUGGGGUCUUUCCUCUGCUCCUGUGCUGCAGGGGUCAUGCUGAAAAUCACACAGUGGAAUUAACAGCUUUCCCCUCAGAAUAUUCACAUUCCCGAGUCGGAGCGAGCCGAGUGCGGAGUCAUGAUGGGCGGCAGGACGAGCGCUAUCGCGGCGGGGGUCGGCGCGGCGCUGUUUGUGGGAUACUGUAUUUAUUUCGACAGGAAGAGAAGGAGCGACCCGAACUUCAAGCGCAAGCUGAGAGAGAGACGAAAGAAGCAGAAGGCAGCACAAGAAAGAGCUGGACUAUCAAGGCUACCAGACUUAAAGGAUGCUGAAGCAGUUCAGAAGUUCUUCCUUGAGGAGAUUCAGCUUGGAGAGGAACUGUUGGCACAGGGAGACUAUGAGAAAGGAGUGGACCAUCUGACCAAUGCCAUUGCAGUGUGUGGUCAGCCUCAGCAGCUUCUACAAGUUCUGCAGCAGACUCUGCCUCCACCAGUUUUCCAGAUGCUCCUCACAAAACUGCCCACCAUCAGUCAGGAGGAAACCAAUUUCACCAUCUGACUUGUUGCAGCGAUGUUUUUACUGUACCAUGCUGGAAUUCACGCAUCGUCAGUGCACAGAGCAUGAGCGAUGAUGACAUCGAGUAAGAAGAGGCCCUGUUAUUUGUGCGACGCUCCUCAGUGGAACCUUCUCACAGCUGUUUUACUCCUCCACCAACAAUUCGCUCUCCAGUUUCUCCCCCUUCUACACAGACCACAUGCUAAUCCCUCUGAUGAGAACACUGAUUGUGUGAUCUGUAAAAGGCUGAUUUAGCCUGUAAAUUAUAUCAUGUUAAAUAUAUCAGUGUAUUACUGUGUGUGAUCUGGCAACAUUUAUUAUUAACUUCUAGCUCGACACUGUCAGCUAACUAACUAACAAGCAGCCAACACAGUGAUUAGUGUUUUCAACCAGUGUGUAAAUGGAUAAGAAAGAGAAGCAUGGCCUUCAUUUAUAUUUUCAGAUUUCUUUAUUACAGAGUGUUACAUAUGUGACAAAAAAUCAGCAAAUAUGCAACAAGCAAAUGCUGCACAUUCACACAUCUUCCUCUGCCAAAAUGUUUACAUUGCCUGAGCCUGUUGUUUUCCGUCCCAUGCCUGGGGAGCACAAGCACUGUCUCAACUUCUGAAGGAAAUUAUCUGUCUUUUUUUACCAUUAAAGAAAAACACAAAUGUAAGUGUUUAAGUGUAGCAAGUCCUCAGGCCUGGAACUGAAACCCACUAGGCUAAUCAGUUACCAUCAAGAGUUCUAGUCUGUUGUAUGAAAUGGCAGGUCAAGAAAGGUUAGGGAGGCUGAACUUCAAAGCUAAAUUCAUUGGUAAGUUAAUUUGUUGCAUUGAGUUAAAAAGUGUUAAUUCAGUGCAGCUCAAAAUUACUGUAAACACUAAAUUUUAAUGAGCACUGUUUAACUGGUGAUAUCAAUAUCACAUGACCCAUGAAUUUAGCUUUGCAGUAACACCGCCCAGUUCUGUACUGAAAGAAGUGUUCUAUGUUCUAUUCGUUUUUAAAAACAUGUAGACCGUUUUAUGUAUUAUUUGUCUGAUGCCGCGGUACUUUUGAAGGUGCUUGAGUAUUGCCCUUGCUGAGGUCAUUUGUAAUGGAGAGUCUUCUUUUUUUAAAUCUCAAAACAAAUAAACAUAUAAAAGUUAUGGUGAA